AUUGAUCUGCAUAUUGAGAGCUGUAUUCAGCCAGCUGUACAGCACCUGCCUGAGGCAGCAAGCAGCUGCUCCAACGAUUCGCACAGCAUCCAGCCACAGCAAAAGCCAUAAGCAGCCCAACUGCAGUGUCGAUCCCGCCGGCCAAACAGACUCGCUCCACCGCUAGCGUCGAUGAUGCGCCAAGGGACCUAGACGGGAAACUCCGCUCGCGAUACUUCGGGCUAAAAGUACGGCCGAAACCGAGUAAGAAGCAAGUAAGUCAGGUUCGGCUGCCCCGCCCCGUUCAACAUUUCGAGUCCUGUUUUCCUCCCUGAUGUCGCAUUGAAGGCAAGCUGAAGCCGUCUCGAUACGUCAAGAUGGAAGCCAGAACCUCGCCGGACGAUAAAAAUCCGAAAGAGGGUAAUGCCCUCCGCACUGCAUGCACCGAGUGCCAGCGUCGCAAGCAGAAGUGCAAUCGCGAAUGGCCGUGUAAUCACUGCCAAAAGCGCAAGGUCGCGUCCCUGUGCAGCUUCAAUCAUGAGGCCGAGCCCAACAGCGCUUGGAUGCCGUCAGUCGACGUCAAGAGGAAGCGCGAUCGCGAGUCGAAAGAGGAGCCUGAUGAGUGGGACACGGCUGCCGGGCUUGAAGCCAUCGGCUAUACCACCUCUCAUCUUCUCUCAAACCUCGAGAUUGACUCGCAUAGCAAAAUAGGUGCCAAGCAGUAUCGUGCCGACCCUGAAAGCAGCCCCCAACUUAAGCGGGCUCUGGACAUCUUACCAUCCAGGCAAGAUCUCGACGCUCUGGUCCAGAAUUUUCUCUCCAACGUCAACUUUUACUACUACAUUGUGUACCCCACAAGCUUCAUCGAGGAGUACGCCGAAUGGUGGAAAGAUCGAGACGCGGGUCGACCUCUGGGACUCCAGUGGUCUUGUCUCAUCAUCAUGGUUUGUGCCUGCUCUGUGCAGCACACCGAUGCCAAACUCACCAAGACUCUGGAAAACAAUCUCGGUUCCUCAGUCAAGGAGCUGACAGAACGUUAUCACAACGCUGCGCGAGAACUUCAUAGCGCGAUCCCCGUCGGCCACAGCCAUUUUUUCUCAGUCCAGUAUCUGCUGCACUCGUGCUACUGGUUCAAGGCUGAAGCACGCUUCGUUGAGUGUUGGCAAGUCUUGGGUGCUACUGUUCGCGAAGCUCAGGCUCUAGGCCUACACGAGGAAGUAGGUGGACGCAUAUCCGAGUUUAAUCGGGAAAUGCGGAGACGCCUUUGGUGCAUUGUUGACUCUUGGGACUGGCUUGUCUCGUCAUUGCUUGCACGGCCAAUGCUUAUUGACCGCACAAACAUCAACAUCGGUCUUCCAAGUCUCACGCUUGAGCCGUUUCCCGUCUCUCCACUGUUGCACUUGAAAUUGCAGUCGCAACUCGUUGGCCUAAUCUUCAAAGAAUUUGGGCCACCAAAGAUCCUCACUGAUCCUUACCAAAUUCAGAAGUAUCAGAAGAUCCUUGAAGAGUUCAUGCUCUCCUUUCCGCCAGCGUAUGCAUUUGACAAUCCAGAUACGACGCCGGAACUGACAUAUCCAUGGAUCGCCCUGCAUCGUCAUUACAUGCACACAUGCACGAUCUCAAUUGCCCUUGGUCCCUUUAGGGGAUACAUGGCCAAGAGGAUGACGAAGGACACACCGGAGAUUGAACUCAAGUUUAGACGGGACGGCAUCGCCUACGCGCUGAAGCUGAUGGAUUCCGUCCAACGCUUCUUCCAGUACGUGUGGGCCAGAGACAGCACCUUUCACUUCGUGCCCUUCUGUAUUUUCGACACAGCCGCCCUGCUCUGUUCCGCCGUUCUUCAUGACCAAGACGGCAAGCUUGCCCGACAGGACAACAUCAUCGAUGCCGUUGAUAUUGCGCUCAUCACCCUGAGGCAAUUGCGCACAGCGACCGACACGGCCAAGACCCCGUAUGAUGUUCUACGACGCCUUGUAGACCGAGUGUGGCCUGCAUCUGCCAAAAACAACUCGGCUGAGGGUCUGCGCAAGCGACUUAAAGCUAGGGCGCCAGUGCAUUACACGCCCGCGAUUACCCAAACUGUACCGCCGCCCUAUCCACUUGGUCAGGUUGCGCCUCCUGUCCAGAUAUACGCUGGUAUCGAGUUCCCGGAUGCAUCCGUACAUGCAGAAAGCUCCGCGAUACACUCGACAGCCCCUGGAGGCGCCAUGAAUGGCGGAGACCCAUACGGAUUGUCUCCCCCUACAGAUGGGAGCUCCAGUGCGGCCUUGGUCCUCGAACCCACCGCUACCUACGGAACAACUGCCCCCUGGCCUCAACCCCAAUACCUGAACCAAGGGAGCAAUGUGCCCUUAAUUCACCCCCCAAUGAUGAUCGGCACUGCAGAUUGGCCACACACAGAGGCGCCACAGGUACAGACACAGGUACAGGCACAGCCAUUUGUCAACCUUCAGCAAAUGCCCGGAGGAGAGCCCCAGGAUAUGGGAUUUGCCAUCAUGCCAGAUGUGCAGCUGGGUGACCUUGCGAACCUGUGGAAUUGGGAAAGCCUUGAUUUGGGAUUUGGGACGAACCCUAUUUUGUAAUGGGAGGGCCGCAAGGAGGAUAAAAUGUAUUAUACUUUUAGUCAAUGGAAUUAAAGAUAUACUAGCUAUCAAGCGAGUUGACUUAUUUCGCGUGCUUGAACAUGAGUGAUUUCGUCCAGGCCAGGCCUUGCAUAUCGCGGAGACGAAAGCCAAAUGAAGAAAGAGUUAAGAUAAGGCCCUGGUAUAGACGGACAACUAAC